CUCUCUCUCUCAUUUCUUUUUGGAGAUUUAUAUAUAGAUAGAUAGAUACUGACGGCUAUCUGACUUUCUCGGACCUUGUUUGGUUCCUCAGGAAAUUGAAAGAAAAAGAAUUGGCGAGAGAGCUGACAAUAAUUUUGAUCUUUUCAGGUCGAAUUUGUUGCUGUUGCUAUUGAAGCUUAAGUUUUUGUUAGCAUAAAAUGCCCAGGGAUUUGUCGCGGUCGCCUUCAUAUAGGCGAAGGCGUUCGCCGUCGCCUGUGGGGAGUAGGUAUAACAGGAAGAAGAGUCGAAGGGAGAGGAGCCGUUCUCCGUAUUCGUAUAGCAGAAGGAGAAGUCGCUCUAUUUCUCCUCGCCGGCACAAAAGCCGUUCUUCAACCCCGAGACGCCGUAAAAGUCGUUCUCCCACUCCUAGGCGUUAUAAGAGGCAAAGAAGCAGUAGUUCCUCACUGUCUCCUACUCAUAAAUCUUCUAGUCCAAGUCUUGGGUCAGUGGAGCGCAAAAUUGUUAGUGAAAAAAUGAGAAAAGAAGAAGAAGAAGAGAAGAAGAGGCGCCAGCAGGAAGCAGAACUAAAACUGAUAGAAGAAGAGACAGCAAAGAGGGUGGAAGAAGCUAUUCAGAGGAAAGUUGAAAAGAGCUUGAACUCCGAGGAGAUCAAGGUGGAGAUACAGAGGCGUUUAGAAGAGGGGCGGAAAAGACUUAUUGAUGAAGUUGCCGAUCAACUUGAGAAAGAAAAAGAAGCUUCUCUAAUAGAGGCUAGGCAAAAGGAGGAACAAGCUCGGAAAGAGAAAGAAGAGCUGGAGAGGAUGCUUGAAGAGAAUCGGAGAAGGAUUGAAGAAAGUCAAAGAAAGGAGGCCUUGGAGCAGCAACGGAGAGAGGAGGAACGGUAUCGAGAACUAGAAGAGCUCCAAAGACAAAAGGAAGAAGCAAUGAGGAGGAAGAAGCAACAAGAGGAGGAAGAACGUGUAAAGCAGAUGAAAUUGUUGGGUAAGAACAAGUCUAGGCCCAAGUUGUCAUUUGCACUUGGCUCGAAGUGAAAACACUUGAAGAAGCUGAUUUCAGUUUCUAUAAAUGUAUGUGAUAAAGGCUCUAUUAAUGUUAGCAUUUGUGAUUCGAGGGAUGUUGCAAUGUUUAGUAGUUUUUGGUGUCGGCUCCUCAUUCCGAGAUUGCCAUUAGCAAGUUUAUUUUUCUUAGGUCCGUUUCAUUGCCUUAGCCCCCCGCUAAGGACGGUCCUCGACCGAUUUGAUAGCGGAGCAAGCCCGGGGCAUGUUCGUUGAUGGCUGUGAGAGACAAGCUCAGAGCUUCUUAUUUAGUUUGUUUUUGGUAGCGAAAACAGAGUGUGAAGAGCUCAACUCUUGUCUGUAUAUCUCAACAGUGAGUUUUUUUUAUCUACGCUAAGAGAGAUUGACGUGUA